AUGGCUCCCGUCGCCACCGUUUUCGAACAAAUCCACAAAAGCGCACCCGUCGAGCGCUGGGCCCAAUACGAUAUGCACAAACUUUUCGUUGUCUCACCAUCGGGCUCGCAAGGAGAUCAUGCAUCCACCGUCCAAGCGUUGGUCGGCUUUCUAGAGAAGACGCGCACCACAGUCUAUGAAGCGCUCCCCGCAAGACCUAUUGAGUCACUCAAAGCGCCCCGCUUACUUUAUGGCGCUGACGGAGGGUCUGUGCCAGAGCUUUUAUCAACGGAGGCAACGUACUUGAUGGCUUGGUGUGUUCUGAUCAUGUUCCUCCUGGCAAUCGGGGGUUCGUUCUAUCGCGCAUGGACGCGAGCGCCGGCUAAGAGCCUCCUCCCUGUAUGACGGAUGCCUUCCUACCUAUAAUAUUGGGCUGUCAUCAUGGAGUUUGAGGUUUGGUAGCGAGGUAAUGAGUCUGGGUGUGCAUCGGUCUUUCG